CACGCAGUUCCAUGUUUUUGAACUGUCCCGACAACUCCCUCGCUUCUCGAUGUAUUCGCUCUGCAGCCCAGACUCUGCGACCAGACCUCUGAGCUUUGUAAAAUUCACUCUGGGGGAGAAAGUGCAGAUGGGCAUCACGUGGAUAAAACAGAAUUUCCUGUUACCCGAGGAUGUGGAGAUGCAGAACGAGUUGCUGGAGGUCUGCUUUGCCUCCCUGCGCGACACAGGACAGUUGUGCAUCCGAAUGAAUCUCAGUGGAGAGAUCUCCAUUCACACCGAUAACAUUGACCUGGCUGGUGACCUCAUCCAAUCGAUGGCCUCCUUUUGGGCAAUUGAGGACUUGCAGGUUGAAGCAGAUUUUCCAGUGUAUUUUGAGGAGGUGCACAACGCUUUUGUUGGGGUGGACAGUUCCCACACAGUUUGCCAGAAGCUCACAGCCAACAUGGCUGAGAGCUCCAACUGCAUCCGCAGCAUGCUGGUUCGAGCAGAAGAUUCCCGCCUCAUGGGAGACUGGAGAAACAUGAAGAAACGGUAUAUGGACCUGUAUGACCUCAACAAGGAUUUAUUGUCUCAGUACAAGAUUCGCUGCAGCAAUCACUCGGAGCUUUUAAAUAAUCUCAAAGCAGUCAAUCAAGCCAUCCAACGAGCGGGACACCUCCGAGUUGGUAAACACAAAAUGCAAGUGAUUGCGGCCUGCCGGGAUGCUAUUAAGAACAACAGUGUUAAUAUGCUGAUCAAAAUCAUGCGUCUGGGGACAACUUGCUCUUGAUCAGAGUGAAGGC